GCGCUCGGGCUCUCGGCCGCGCUCGCAGAUGCGCACCAUGCGGCGUCGCCUCUCCGUUGCGAGCUCUUCCGCGCGCUGGCCCUGCGCGCCGGCGACCCCGACGCGCAGGUCGCAGAGUGGCUGCAGUGCGGCGCGCCCGUGGGAAUCAGGAGGCCGGUCGUGGCAGGCGGCCUUUUUCCACGUUCGGACCGGCCCCCGGAGGAGGGCGCCGAGCACCUCAUGGGCACAUGCGACUUCAGGGGCAACCACCCCUCCUUCAGCCAGACCUGGGGCGAGAGCGCGCCGCCCGCGACUGCGUUGAUUCAGGCGUACGUCGAGAAGGGAUUCGGGAAGGACUUCCCCGCGCGCGAGGACGCGGGGCGCUUCUUCGGCGCCCAGUGCUUCCCAGCCCCGCUGGGCGACGUCAGCAAGCUUAGGGGGCGGACCGUGCUGCCUCGUGCCAUCGAGCACGGCGUGGACCUUGCUGAUAUGGCCGCUCGCGGCCCCCACAUUUUCGUGCUCGUCCUGGACUUGGAGGACGCCUUCAUGACCGCCCCUCCCCACUUUGACGAGCAGCCCUUCAACUGCGCGGAGGUCCCCGGCGUAGGCUUCAUCGUCUGGCAGGUUCUCGGGUUCGGGGGGAAGGCCAACCCCCUCGUCUUCGGCCGCGUGGGGUCCUUCGCAGCUCGUUACGGUCAGGCGUUGUUGGGCCCUGCCCGGUCUCGGCUCCAGCUCUACGUGGAUGACCCCGCGGUCGUCGUCGCCGGGGAGUUGGAGGAGCUCCACGGCGAAACGGACCUCCUGCUCACCUUCUGGUUGUCGCUCGGGUUCCGCCUCUCUUGGAAGAAGGGCGCCUCCGUCCAGGCAGUCCGCACUGGGGGCGCGAGCGUGCUCGAACCCGUGCGGGCCGGGCCCAUCGACGAGCAGGGCGCGCUCAAGCAUGAGUGGAUGGGGAUGCUGUUCGCGCUUCGCGGGCAGGUGGCCCUCAUGGGUCUGGCGAGCGACUACGUGGGCUCUACGCGCGAGGCUUUGGCGCCGUUCUUGCGCCGCUCGGGCGCGGCCACCGUGGCGCAGGCGCGCUCCGCCAUCGGGAAGGCUGCCCGCGUGGCCCAAAUUGUCCCCGCAGCCGCGCCUUUUGUUGCCUCCCUGUGGGCCGCGCUCGCAGGGGCGCAGCGGGCGGCGGCGGACGGCAGGGCCGAAGCGCCUCCGGGCAGCGUGGCGGUCGUGCGCUUCUUCGCGGCCGCGGCGUGGAUGGAUGCUCUGCUCCGUCCACUCCCAAGUCCGGAAUCAGAGGUGCUCUUCCCGCUGUGUCGCCGCGUUCGCCCUCGCGGAGCCGCUCCAGCGACGCGGAUUUCUCAGUACAGGGUCGAGUUCGACGCCUCCCCUUGGGGGGGUGGCGCCCUCAUGGCCAAGGGCGACUGCUUCUGCGAGCACUUCUUGAUCGUGUGGAACGACGCUUUGUUCCAGAGGUUCGGGGCCAUUCGCGGCAAUCCCAAGUGGCAGUCCUUGUGGGAGAUUGUGACGCUGCUGUUGGCCCUCAUGGUCUGGGGGGACUACGCGGUUGAUUGCUGCCUCAUGGUGCUCGGGGAUAACGUGUCCGCGCUCCAGGACGCGCUCAGUUUAAAGGGCAAGGGCGACAUGAAUCAC